AUGAACCUCGGAGUGGGCAGAGAGUGGGAGGCAGCACUGCCUGGCAGGGAGUUCGCCCAGUGGCGCCCUCUUCCCAUCUCUAAGAGCUGCCCAGGCCUCCUCCCCACUCAUACCAAAAGGCUUGGAUGUGUGGCAGAGGGCCUGGUGUUCAGGGCCAGGGAGUUCAAAACAGUGAGGAAGGUCCCUGCUCCCACCCCUGACCUGAACCUGGAAAUCAGAACUUCUGGCUUCUUCCAUCUGGAUCUGAUUUCCUCUACUGCCGCCAUGCCCACCCUGGCCUGGGCUGUGUGGCUGAGCCAGUGCCUGGCCCUUUUAGUUCCUCAGUCCUGCUCUCCCACCCCCUUGCCCCAUAAGUGGGGUGGGUUUUGCUGA